AUGACGGUGGCCGUAGUGGUGGUUGCAGAGGUUAUGGAGGUUGGAUAUAAUAUGAGACACCUUUUGUUUGAUGUAAAACUUAACAAAUCCGGCAUCCGCCUCCUUUCUCGGAUCAUUAACUCGCCGGAUUUAUCUUUUAAUGGCCACUCAUGGAGAUCUCUACAAACUCUCGCCUACGAAGAAGUUCGAACUUCACCGGACGGACCUUACGAUUCAACCGCUUUCGUUCUUCACGGUCUCUUGGGUUCGGGAAGAAAUUGGAGGUCCUUCUCUCGGAAUCUUCUAUCAAGGCUUUCUAAUUCCUCGUCUUCGGAAUGGAGAGUGGUGCUUGUGGAUUUAAGGAACCAUGGGAAAUCAGCUGAAUUGGAAGGUUUUGAUCCUCCUCAUGAUAUGGUGAAUGCUGCUAAGGAUUUAGCGAAAUUAAUCGAGUCUCAAGAUUGGGCAUGGCCGGAUGUUGUUAUGGGUCAUUCCAUGGGUGGGAAGGUCGCGCUUCAAUUUUUGGAGAGCUGUAAUCGUGGUGAUUAUGGAAAUUUAGCUUCAUUGCCCAAGCAGCUAUGGGUGCUUGAUUCAGUCCCUGGAAAUGUGAACCCCGAAAAUAGCGAUGGAGAAGUAGAGAAAGUUUUGAAAACACUGCAGGGUUUACCUUCAUUAGUACCGUCGAGGAAGUGGUUUACCUUCAUUGAAAGGCUCUCCAGUAAGGGAUCAGAGGAAUCAAAAGGACGGGUUUCUGCUCAUGUUCUUCCAAAUUCAGGUCACUGGGUUCAUGUGGACAACCCAAAGGGACUCCUUGACCUAGUUGCUCCAAAAAUUUCAUCCCUUUGAAUCUACUCGUUUUCGAGUCAUUAAUUCUCUGCAAUCAAACAAACCAAAUAUUUGUUUAGAUCAUGAAUUCUACCCCAAUAAUUAAUAUCAAAUUCCGAUGAGCAUUUACGAGUUGAUAAGUCAUCUGAAAGGUUGUAACCAAAAAGCACAUGCAAGAACUUGGUUCCAUAUUUCAGUUUUAAAUUUAUGUUCCUUCAUUUUUCUUAA